UAUAGUUGUCGCUCGCGUUCUUGCACGUGAAAAGUAAACAACAUAACCUUAAAAUCAAAAAACUAUUGCAUUCUUUGAGUGCCUUUAACAACAAUGUUUUGGACCGAAUUUUAAGCUUUAACAAUGGUCAGGCACAACAAUCAAUUACCCGACAAUCUUCCUCAACUACAGAACCUUAUCAAGCGCGAUCCUGAGUCUUACAAAGAAGAGUUCCUGCAACAACACCGGCACUACAAGUCGACCUUGGAAGUAUUUAAUUUCACCCCAGACAAAUUCAACAAAAGUCUCGAUGAGCUGGUUAUGUUUUUGGCGCAGGUCGCGCAUUGCUAUUGCGAUGAUUUGCUGUCGUUUCCUCAAGAACUCAUCGACAUUCUCAAAGAUAAGAACACUGUCUUGGACAAGGACAUGCGUAUGACAUUUUGUAAGGCACUAAUCUUACUCCGUAACAAAAACCUUCUCGAACCCACUGCUUUACUGAGUCUUUUCUUCGAGCUGUUGCGUUGUCAGGACAAGUCACUUCGUCAAUUUCUACAAACGCACAUAAUAACGGAUAUCAAAAACAUCAAUGCGAAGCAUAAAAAUGCCAAGGUCAACACUACCCUACAGAACUUUAUGUUUCAAAUGCUCAAAGACACGAACGCUCGCGCGGCAAAGAUGUCGGCGGACAUAAUGAUCGAGCUGUACAAUAAAAAUGUAUGGAGUGACACAAAGACGGUUAACGUCAUUGCCACCGGGUGCUUUUCUAAAUUUACAAAGGUAGUCGUUGCGAGCUUGAAGUUCUUCCUGGGCAAGGAUGAAGGUGAAGACGAGGAUAGUGACAGCGACAGCGACGACGAGCCUAAUAUCAAAGAGGUCAUGAUGGCAAAUAAAGUCAAUAAAAAGACCAAAAAGAGGCAAAAACAGCUUAAAAAGGUCAAGAAAUUGUAUACGAAAUCCCAAAAAAAGAAGUCAAAGGCUCCAACGUACAACUUUUCGGCACUUCACUUGAUUCACGACCCACAAGGCUUGGCGGAAAAAUUAUUCAAACAACUGGAAAAAAAGAAUGACAGAUUUGAAGUCAAACUGAUGACUCUCGACGUCAUAUCCAGACUCAUAGGCGUGCACAGUUUAAUUUUGUUCAACUUUUAUCCUUAUGUGCAACGAUUUCUUCAGCCACAUCAGAGAGAGGUGACAAAGUUACUGCAGUUCGUGGCACAAGCUUCGCAUGAUUUGAUUCCACCAGAUGUAAUGCAACCAGUUGUCAAAACAUUGGUAAACAACUUUGUGACUGAAAGGAAUUCCUCGGAUGUUAUGGCUAUAGGAUUGAAUGCCGUCAGAGAAAUCUGUACAAGAUGUCCGUUUGCAAUGAAUGAAGAUCUCCUGCAAGACUUGGCAAUGUACAAAACUCACCGAGACAGAAGCGUUAUGAUGGCAGCCAGAUCACUCAUUGGCUUGUUUAGGCAAACGAUGCCGGAAUUGCUGCAUAAAAAAGACCGAGGCCGUCCGACGGAAGCUACGGUUGCUCUGGAACCUCUAGAGUACGGGAAAGUUACAGCAAAAGAAUUUGUGCCUGGAGCUGAAGUUCUUCUCGAACCUCAAAAGGAUAUUGAAAUCGACAGUGAGGACAGUGAUAAUGACGGUGAAUGGAUUGAUGUGUCUCAGAGUGACGGUGAAGGUGAAGAAAUGGAAGACGACGAAGAUGUUGAUGAUGAAGUAUCUGGUAGUGAAAUUGGCGAAUCCGGUGAUGAAGAGGAAGACUGUGACGACGGAGACGAGGAUGAAGACGUGGAAGGAGAGGAAAAAGAAUGUCAGAAAAGCGAAGAAAAGAAAAAAACGGACAAAUGUGAGGAUGACAAGAGUAAAAAAAAAGAGGAGAAAUCACCGUCAAAACCAACGCUUGUAACGAACAAAAUAGGAAAGAAAUCGAAGAACUCAAAAUUAGAACGGAAAAAGAGAAAGUUGGAGGAAAAGAAAAAGUUGCAGGAAAAAUUAAAAGCUCGAAGUAAAAUGGAAUACACAGCUGAGAGGCAAGCUAAAGCUUCAGAAGUUUCGAUCCAGCGUUUGCUCACAGACGAGGAUUUCAAGAGAAUCGACAUGACGUUGGCAAAACAGCAAGUCACGCAUGCGAAAAAAGGGAUAAAACGCCCAUUAGAAGAAGAAAAGGGUAAAGGGGAAUUGGUAAAAUUAGGUGAUAUUGAAAAUAUUUACAAGAGGCGCAAAUUCACCAAGGAAGAACGAGUAGCCAGUGUCAAGAAAGGACAAGAAGAGAGAGACAAGUUUGGCUACAAAGACGGUCGUCAAAAUCCCCUGUGCAGCAGAACAAACCGCGAGAGAAGUAAGAACAAGAACUACAUGAUGAUAAAGCACAAAGUUAGAAGCAAAGUCAAGCGAUCUUUCAAAGAUAAACAAAUAGCACUAAGGAAUCACUUGCUCAAGUUAAAAAAGAUGAAAUAGAGCCGACGUUUGUAGCUUCAUACAUAUAUGUACAAACUUGGUGGUUUUUACACUGUUAAUAUGUAAAAUCGAAAGAUCUUCUAUACGUGCAAAAUAUCAAAUUUAUUUAAAUUUCAAA